CCACCACCAUCCCCCUCACCCACACUGCCACGCCAUGGAGGACGAGCGCGGCGCCGUCGGGCAGCUGGGCAACCUGGCGCUCGGCACGCUGCUGUCGGACCUGGGCGUCGAGGACUCGGCGGGCCGCUCGCGCGUGCACCAGGUCGACAGCUCGGGCCCGCACCUCGAGCGCGACCAGAUCUACAGCGAGCGCUUCGUCGAUGACGACUUUGGCGGCGGCGAGGGCGGCCGUGCAGACUGGGAGGAAGAGGUCGAUCGCGAGAUGCAGGAGGAGCGCAAGCGCAUCGCCGACCGCGCAUACCGCCUCGGCAUGCAGAGCGUCGCUGCCAGCAAGCGCAGCGUGCGUGGCGCCGAGGAGGACUACGACGAUGAAGACGAGGGAGGGCAGGAUGCAGAGGGCGAGGAUGAUCCGGACGCAAUGGGCACGCCGCCGCCCGUCGUCAAGGCCGAGCCGACGGACACGCGCGAGGCGACCCCCCCGCCGGCGGAGCCCAGCGCGCCAGAAAGGCCGGCAGUGGACGUCCAUGCGCUCUACCCGGACUUCACGCCCGACCAGAUCCUCAACUUCACCGACAUCUACUACAAGGACCUGCGGCCGCGGAAGCGAGGGCGUUUCUCGAAGCUGGAGCGACCGCAAGGUGCGACGAUCACUGCGAGCCUCGAGAUCUCCACGCGCGACCAUGCGUCCUCGCGGCCCUUCACCAUCACUGAGGCAAAGGAGCACGGCUACCUGCGUGACGUGCUCCAUCCGCUCUUGGAGAGCAUGCGAGUGCGCGAUACCGUGGACAAGCUCGAGACUGAGAUGCCCGCGAUGGAGAUCGACGAUUGGGAGAGCCGCAUCGUGUACACUUCCGAUGAUGUGCCGGCCCACAUGCCGCCUGUGCAGCCAGAACGGCCAAUCAACAUCGACUUGGACCGCGGCACAUGGGCCGACGAGAUCAUGUGGGAGAAGCCCGCGGCCGAUGCGCCGCGGCCGAGGUUCCAGGAGCUGCUGCUGGAUAUGAACGAUCCGGAGAUGAUGAUUGAACGGGAUGACGCCGGCUCGCGCGAGAACGCAUCGCUACUGAUCCGCGCCGAUGCGCCGGCUGUCACAUCGCGAGCGGCGCGCACGGCGGCCGAGCUCGACCCACUGAAUUUGUCCAACGACCGCUUCUACGAAGUGACGAAGGAGCACCGGCAGCGCGUGCGCCAGACGCUCGGCCAGCUUGUCAUCCAGCACGCGCCGCCGGCCAAUCGGUUGCAGCUGCCCUUCUACAAGACGCGCAUCAACAAGGGCGAGGCGCGUGCCUUCCACCGGCCGGCGAUGGUGUUCCCGACGAACAUCCCGCUGCGCUUCUCCAAGGUGCGCUCGUCGAAGAAGAAGAAGGACGAGCGCGGCGGCAGCAACAAGAGCGGCGGCAAGGGCAAGGAUCCAGAGCACAUGCUCAAGAGCACGCGCGACCUCACGCUCAAGGACACGAGCCAAUUCGUCAUGUACGAGUACUCCGAGGAGUACCCGCCCAUCCUCUCGAAGCUCGGCAUGGGUUCACUCAUCGUCAACUACUACCGCAAGAAGGACGCCAAGGACGAGCACAUUCCGCGCUCGGACCUUGGCGAGCCGUUCGUCCUCGACGAGACCGACGAGUCGCCCUUCAUGAAGUUCGGCAGCGUGCGACCAGGGCAGACGCAGCCGACGCUGUACAACAACAUGGUCCGCGCGCCGCUCUUCCGGCACAAGCCUGCGUCAACCGACUUUCUGCUCAUCCGCAGCACGACGAAGAACGAGAUCAGCUACUACCUGCGCGAGAUCAAGAACCUCUUCGUCGUUGGGCAGACGUACCCGCUCGUCCAGGUGCCCGGCCCGCACGCGCGUCUCGUCACCAACGCCAUCAAGACGCGCCUGCAGAUGAUCGCCUACCGCCUCGUCGCGACGACGCCAGGCAACCGCAUCAAAAUCCACCGCAUCAUGCGCUACUUCCCCGAGCAGAACGAGCUGCAGAUGCGCCAGCGCCUGAAGGAGUUCAUGGCGUACAACCGCACCGCCGGCGACCACGACCAGGGCUACUGGAAGCUCAAGCCUGAGAUCACGCCACCCGAGGACGUCGAGCUGCAGAAGCUGCUGCCGCCGGAGCACAUGGCGCUGUGCGAGGCCAUGCAGUCGGGCCAGCGCCACCUGCUCGACUCGGGCUACACGCAGGAGGUCUCGCAGAAGGACGAGGACAAUGACGACAGCUCCAUGUCCAUCGAGCAGCGCCUGGCGCCGUGGAUUACAUCCAAGAACUUCCUGCACGCCACGCAGGGCAAGGCGAUGCUGAGCCUGCACGGCGAGGGCGACCCCACCGGCCGCGGCGAGGCGUUUGCGAUGCUGCGUGUGUCGAUGAAGGAGGUAUUCUUCCCGGCUCAUGCGACGGAGGCGGAGCGGAGAGCCAUCAUGUACGAGGAGGAGAAGAAGUCGGGCCACAAGUACAACGUCGAGAAGCAGAAGACGAUCUACCGCAGCGAGGUCGAGCGCAUCUGGAAGGCGCAGUCCGACUCGCUCUCGAACCCGGUGCCGCCGGAGAUGGACGAGGAGGACGCGUACAGCGCCGCUGCACCCACGCCCAGCGCUGCUCAUGUGCGCGGACACAGUCGGGCGCAGUCCGUGCGGCACGAUGCCACGCCCGCUGCGCAGACGCCCGGUGACGACGAGAGCCAGGCCGACGUCGACACGCGCGUGCUCAAGAUCCGCCGCUUCAUCAAGAACAAGUGGGUGUCCGAAGUCGUGCGCGACCCGGGCGUCAUCCACGCGUACGUGCGCCAGCGCCAGCGCAUCGAAGACGAGACGACGGCCUCGGAGGCACUGGUGCCUACAGACGACGCCGCCAUCAACGCCGCGCGCCGCAAGCGUCUGCAGGACGAGAUCGCGGCCGCCAAAAAGAACCAGGAGCGUCGUCUGCAGCGCAAGAAGGCGAAGGCUGCCGCCGAGGGUCUCGAGAUCGAGGGCGGCUACAAGGCACUCGUCAACAAGACAGACACCAAGCGUCGCUGCGGCCGCUGCGGCGACAUCGGCCACAUGGCCACGAACACGUCGUGCCGCAUGUGGGAGGCGCCGCGUCCCUCGACGAUGGCCUCGUCGGCCUCCAGUCGGCAGACGGCGCCGCAGCCCGCCGGAGGCGUCGAUGGUGCCCGCCGGCCCUCGCUCAUGCAGACGGCCAGCGGCAUGUACGGUGCGCCGCCCGGCACGCCCCUCUCUGGCGUGCCGCCCGUCUUCUUCGGCGCUCGUGCUACACCUGGCGGGCCUGGCACACCGGGCAGCGCCGGCAGCCCGCCCGCUGCCUCGCCUUCCACGCCCACUGCCGGUGCGCCGAAGCUCAAGCUCAAGCUGGGCAAGCGUUCUGUCGGCUAGUCUGCCCGCGGCGCUCCUGCUCGCAUUCCCUCACUCGCAGUCACCUUCCCCUCGCAUCACCCCAUCACCUCUGUAUUCUAGCACGCACGCAGCUACAUCCUCAAGUAUACCUUCUGCAGCA